AAUCCUAAAACCAGCGCCAUGCCAGGCCUCGUGAAUAAGGAGAAGUGGAAUGCUCUGCCCCUAAGUGUCUCUGACAUCACUUCCUGUGUCAGGGGUUACACCCUGGCAAUGACAGCUUCCAUGACCUAUGAAAAUAUUGAGGACCACGCUAUUGAGGGAAUCUUCAUAUAUCCUCUGGAAGAAAACUCUACAGUUGUAGGGUUUGAGGCUAUGAUUUCUAGUCAAAUUAUAACACUGCAAAUCAAGGACAAGACGAAAAUUGAUGACUGUUAUCUUGAUUGCGCCGGUGUAGCUAAUGGGGCUCUCCAGAGUGGAAGUGGGCACAUUGUGAUGGAUGAGGAUUUGGAGAGGAUGGUGUUGGUGGUUAACCUUGGGAUCAUCCCUCCAAUGGAGACAGUCAACAUUCUCGUCAGCACCUCCUCCGAGCUCUCAACCCUCCCCAACGGGGGCAUCCGGGUAUCGUCCCCACCAGUGUGUACACCUCGUGUACAGAGGACCAUUAAUGAGGAGCAGGGCCGAUCCCCUAACUUUACCAGAGCGCGGGAGAGGCAUAGCUGUGGCCCGAGUGCUCACGAUCAAACACCCAACUCCACUCAGUUGUGUUUGGCCCCCCUGCUGGAGGAGGAGGCCAUCAACUCCAUGGACUACCAGUUUAAUUUCCAGCUGGAGAUACGGGUUCCCUAUCUCUUGGCAGGUGUGGAGAGCCCCUCUCACGCCAUCCGGGCUGAUGCGGACCCUCUGGCCCGCUCUGCUACCAGUGUUGUCAUCACCCUGGCUGACAAGUACACUUAUGACUGCCCUGUGGAAAUCCUCAUCUACACCAGCGAGCCUCAUCUGCCGCAUGUGCUCAUUGAGGAGGGAGACAUGACACAAGAGGAGUAUGAUGAACACCUCCGUGGCAGGAGUGACUUCAUCAAGGCCACCAAGAAGGACUCGAGUAACGAGAGGAAAGUAGAUAUUCUUCACAAGCGCCUCCACAAGGACAUCCUCCACAACCCUGUGGCCAUGUUGAACUUUUGCCCGGACCUCAAAUCUAUUAGCUCGGACCUGAGGAAGGUCCACGGCGAGUUCAUCUUCCUCAUUGACCGGAGCGGCAGCAUGAGUGGGAUUAACAUUAACUGUGUAAAGGACGCCAUGUUGGUGAUUUUGAAGAGCCUUGUGCCCGGUUGCCUUUUCAAUGUCAUUGGCUUUGGUUCUACAUUCAAAACCUUAUUCACAACCAGCCAAAACUACGAAGAGGAAACCCUGGCCCUAGCUUGUGAAUAUAUUAGGAAAAUCAGAGCUGACAUGGGGGGAACCAACAUCCUGGCACCACUCAGCUGGAUCCUAAGGCAGCCGAUGUACAGCGGUCAUCCCCGCCUGCUCUUCCUGCUCACAGAUGGGGCUGUCAGCAACACAGGCAAGGUUAUUGACCUGGUGCGCUGCCAUGCAUGUUACACCAGGUGCCAUACAUUUGGUAUUGGACAGAACGCUUGCAGGAGGCUGGUGCAGGGACUGGCUGCUGUCACCAAAGGAACAGCAGAGUUCUUGGCUGAAGGAGAGAGGCUGCAGCCCAAGAUGAUCAAGUCUCUUAAGAAAUCCAUGUCACCGGUGCUCAGUGACAUUGCCAUCGAAUGGCUGUUCCCAGAGACCAAGGAGGUGUUGCUCUCUCCUGUUGGCAACACCUUCCUGUUUCCUGGGGACCGACUGAUUGGCUAUUGUGUUGUCUGUGACACCACCCGCUACCAUGCAAACCCCAAGUCUGACAAGAGGAGGCGAUACAGUAUGAUGCGCUCGAAUGAGUCAGCCAGUUCAGUGUUUUAUCACUCUCAAGAAGAGGAACCGGUGAAAAUGGGUUUCGAUGGUCAGGGUGCCAAUAGGGACACACACUCUGGCACCCUGUAUGAUUCCUAUCAGGACUCCAUGUCAGAGAGCAGUCCUGUUACCACAGAGCAUGACCCUAUGGGGAUUGACAGCAAAACCUCACCAAGGAGGCGUGCAUACAGCACCAACCAGAUCGUGGACUUCAACCCAACAAAGAGGGUCUACACACCAAGUGAUCCUGGCACUGUGGUGGGGAAAAACCCCCUGAGGAGAGCCAAGUUCCAGGAGCUGAUUGGCCAGACGACCCCUGAACAUGGUGCCCAUUGGAGGAAUGACUAUCAGCCACAGUUGGCGAGCCUGUGUGGCAUGUCAUCCAGAGGGCACCCUGGUAGCUGUCACAGGCCUUUACCUCAGCAGGAGGGGCUUCUGCAACAGGAGGCAGGCUCAGAAAUUCACCUCCAGCCCCAAAACCAGGCCGAUCCUCCACCGGGUACCAGCGUACACACUGCAGCUAGCAUCACCACUGGAACAGAUGGAUCAAGGUCCUCUACAGACAGCCCAUCUGUCGGCAGCUUGGGAGAUGCAGAUGGUUACGGCCACCAGCUUUGUGAAGCAGAAACCCCAUUGGAGAGCCAUGCCUCAGACCUGGGAGGCGCCAUUCAAGGGAAGGGGAACUGCAAGGCUGUGGUGUCUGGACUGUUGUGUGGGAAACCCAUGAAGUGGGAGGUAGUCUUUGAUAUUGAGCCCUAUCUUCAUGGCCGUGAGCGAGAGGAAAAGGUUCAUGAGGAUCUGUGGAAUGAGACCUUCCAUCACCUGGCUGGACGCUCCAUCAUCCAGGACUUUGAGGACAUGGCUGAAAAGGAGUGCGAGAUUGAGCAUGGCUCUGGCAGGAGGUACCAGCUAUAUGCCAUUCACACCAGCAAGGCCUGCAAUAUACUCAGCAAAUACACAGCGUUUAUUCCCAUAGAUCUGGACACUAAUGAGUAUUUGCAGACAUCUAUUGAAUACAUAAACCCCUGUGAAGGUCUGAAGAGAGGCUCUCACUCCAGCUCCCGCUCAGGAAGCAAAAAGAACAGAGGUUAUUCCAUCGGGCUGGGUCGCUCUCAGUCUAGCUGCAUGUCAGUGGAAACUGAGGAUGCCAUUCUGUCAAACAGUGGCGAGGAUGGGGGAUCUCCAUGUAGCACCCCUUCUUCCUCCAGUUGGGAAAAGUGUAGCUUCACAGACGCCUUCCAAAGGAGUCCGUCUGUGACAUCAGAGCAAUCACAGAAGUCAGUGGAGAGCCUGUUUUCUGCCAGACUGGCAAUCAGCAGGACUCGUCUCCUAACUCGGGCAGCCAAGGGCUUCAUGUGUCGAUCGCACAGUAAGAGUGGUGACUCAACUGGUGAGAGUGACAACGAGAACAAAGACUACAUCCCUCUGGUUUCGCUUCAGUUGGCAAGUGGGGCAUUCCCUCUUGACACAGCUCUGUGUGAUGCCAUUAAUGUGCCCAUGGACAAACUUAAGUGGACCUCCCCAUUCUCAAGCCACCGUGCCAGCCUGAGCCAGCUAUCUCAUUCAGGCAGCCGCCAUGCCGAGAGCACAGAUGAUGGAUGCAGGUCACCAUCUGACCAGCAACUUGCAGAGGAAUCAGCUGGACCUGCUGCUUUAGCUAGCCUGUCCAGCUACAGCUCCAUCACUGCCAAGCCCCCCCUCUAUCUUCAGUCCCAGAUGGACAGUGGACAGGGCUCUGGGUUGGAAACCCAGGAGACACCCCCGCCGUCAGUGUACCCCAGUGGGCUGCUAAGGAGGAUGCUAGAUCCCGAGAGCAUGGUGUGGGCCACAGCUGUGGCCCUCGCCUGGCUGGAGCACAGCUCGGCCAGCUACUUCAUAGAGUGGGAGCUGGUGGCUGCCAAGGCCAGCAUGUGGCUGAGUGCUCAGAGCAUUCCCGAGGGACGGGAUUUAGCCUCCGUCAAGGCUGCUGCCAACCAGCUCUUUAUCAUUCUCAGACACUGGGAUGAGAACCUCCAGCUCAACAUGCUCUGCUACAACCCAAACAGUGUCUGA